CCAUGAAUUUUCGUUACCUCGACAACCAAGAAUUACAAAAAAACAGUUGCUGUUUUGCCCAUUUCAAAAUUAACAUUUCCGCCGGAAAAUGGCUCUCAGAAACUGCAAAAUUACCAGUGAAAUCAUUCAGAAUUGCAACCGCAUUUUCUCAAGUAAGCAUGACAUGUCCACCAAAACCAAGCCGAUGAGCUUAGAAACACAGACCAUCGCCGCUCGCCAGUCAUUUAGAUACAGAAUCGCCAAUUUGGAAAGACCCCAAGACUUGCCGGAGAUUAAUUUUCCUAAAGAAGAAAUUACGCAGUUUUCUGAGUUACAACCUUCAGCCAAACCACUUUUUCGUUUUGAAUAUAACCAGGCAAAAUGGAUAGAGAGGCCAGAGGACCGGAGCCCUUUUCCACAAUCCAUAAAGGCUUUACGAAGUGAAACGCAGAUCUCCUCAGAUCGACAGAAAGCGGAGGAGAAAAUACUGAGAGCCAAAGGCUUGAGCUUUGUUCCACUCACGAGGAAUUACUCGAUAGGCGUCGAACGGACCUAUGGGGGCAAGAACCCGAGCGAGAACAACAGCGAAGGCAAGUGCGGCAAAAAUAAGUUGAAAAGGGAUUGCACGGCUCAAAGACCGCAGCAGAAAAGUUGCGGCAUGAACGACGAUUGUCCCAGACAUAAGUUGCACGACUGUGAACAAUCCAAAGGGUCCAACUGCAAGCUAAACUACUUGGACCCCCAUUGCACAAAAAAAAUGGCCCCAUAUCCGUCCUACAGCGAGUCCUGCGCAGAGCAGCUUGUUGAGGAUCCCUCUGAGUGCACCCAAUGUCCGUGGCGCAUCUGCGAUGGCGCGGACACCAUCGAGCCGCAAAAAAACAAAAGUAAGCGACGCUAUAGCACGAACGCUAGCCGCUACGCUACUACAGCCGACCUGCCCAUCAGACCUCCCUCAUCGGGCUCCAUUUUGCCUAGCAUCGAAGACAUCGACGGGUUGAUUUGCGAUGUUAGGAAGCCUCCUUGUAAUCCGCCUCAGUCGCCGUGCGACAUUCGCCGUCAACUGGAGGAGGAGUUGAAACGCAAGGAGAUGGAGAAGAAGUACGGAAAUAAAGAGAGGAAUAGAAAAAGGGAUGGAGAAAAUAACGAACAGAGGAAGGCGAUGCAGCUGGAGCCACUAGGAGAGAAAAAUGUAUCAGAGGGAGUCGAAGACGCUCUAAUGUUGUCUGAGCAACAAAAGAAAAGGAAACAUCCCAAUUGUCACAAGAAUCGACCCGGAAAGAGGCCGGUUGAAAAUAAAAUCAAUAAUGUGCUGAUGAGAGGGGAGAUCGAGGCUUGCAAAAAAAAACCUGUAAAGGGAGACGAGGGCAAUCCUCCGCCGUGCGAGGACUCAAAACCCACAACGCAUAUUUGCCCCAAACAGCCGAUGAAAAAGCCGAAAUACAAGAAGAGGUCACUAAAAGAGGGUUACUAUAAGAAAAAGGAAGAACCCUACAAUGUGGAAGAGUGAUCUUAACAAAUAUAUAUUUUGUCACAUGUUCUAGAAAAAUUUCAAUUUUCA